UGCAUUUCACUUACGCUUACGCUACCUUCUGUUUGCUUUCCGCCAUGGACGCCGACAACACAAUCGCCAUUCAAGUCCCUGCAAAGGACCCCAAGAAGCCUGAAGACAAGCCUGAAGACAAGGCAGAGAAGGACGGAAAGCCGAAGCCCGACGAGAAGGAGAAGGAUGGCGAGGACCUGUCGCAAGAAGACCAGGAGCUCAAGAACGAGCUGGAGAUGCUCGUAGAGCGGUUAAAGGAGCCGGACACCGACCUCUACCGUCCGGCUCUCGAGACCUUACGCACCCUCAUUAGAACCUCGACAUCGUCCAUGACCUCUGUUCCCAAACCUCUCAAGUUCCUCCACUCACAUUACCCUGCGCUGCAAACACUGUACGAGACCUGGCCUCCAUCGGAGAACAAGGCAUUGUUUGCAGACAUUCUCUCUGUCCUUGCCAUGACGUACUCCGAUACCCAGCCGCGCGGCACGCUGCGAUACCGCCUGCUGUCUGCCGCUCUUCUCCCAGACUCGAAGCACAUCUCCGAACCUGGCCUCUGGGGACACGAAUACGUGCGCCACCUUGCAGCGGAGCUCGGAGAAGAAUAUCGCGUGCGCGAGCUCGGAGAAGAAGAGGAAGAGCUCCCAGAGCAGCCCCAAGCAGUAGAGGGUGAGCCAAAGCCCGAGGAGAAGAAGCAGGAAGAGAAGAAGCCCAAGGUCGAGCCCAUUGGCACGAUUGAGGAAUUGCGCGCUCUGGCGCUGGAGUGCGCGACGUUCUUGCUGCGCCAUAACGCAGAGCCAGACGCGGUCGACCUGCUCGAAGAGCUCGAAAUCGUGGACCAGAUCACUCAACUGGUCGAUGAAAACACCUUCGGACGCGUAUGUCAGUAUAUGCUUGCUUGCGUAUCGCUACUGCCGCAGCCCGACGACACGGUGUUCCUCCGCACGGCUCAUGCAAUCUACGUCAAGUUCUCGAGGUUCCCCGAAGCCCUCACCAUCGCGAUUCGCCUGAAUGACCGCGAACUGAUUAAACAGGACUUCCACGCGCCUGCGAACCCGCUUAUGCAGCGCCAACUCGCAUUCUUGCUCGCGCGUGCGCAGAUACCCAAGGAGUGGGUCUUCCCAGACGAGAGUGAGGAGAUUCCGGAGGAUCUCUUGGAUUGUCUGAGCAGCACUAGGCUCAGUCAAUACUUCAAGGAUUUUGGCAAAGAACUCGGUGUCCUCGAACCCAAGAGCUUGGAAGACGUCUACAAGUCACAUUUAGAGAAUACCAAGACGACAACGGCUAAUGUCGACUCUGCGAGAGCGAACCUCGCGAGCACGUUUGUUAAUGCUUUCGUCAACGCUGGCUUCGGAAACGACAAACUCAUGGUGGAGGCCGAGGAAGGCAGCAGCUGGAUAUACAAGAACAAAGACCACGGUAUGAUGAGUGCUGCGGCAAGUCUUGGUCUGAGCUUGCUGUGGGAUACCGAUGUCGGCCUUAGCCACGUCGAUAAGUAUACGUACUCCUCUGAGGAGCACAUCAAGGCUGGUGCCCUCCUCGCCACAGGUAUCCUGAACACUGGCGUCCGCACUGAAGCUGAUGCCGCGAUGGCGCUGUUGGCUGAGUACGUCGACAACAAAUCCGUUCCCCUCAAGAUCAGUGCCAUUGUAGGUCUCGGACUCGCGUACGCCGGCUCCGCAAGGGAAGACUUGCAGGCAUUGUUGCUGCCUCUGGUCGGCGAGGACGGUGUUUCGAUGGAGAUUGCCAGCUUAGCUGCGCUCUCAUUGGGCUUCAUCUACGUUGGCAGCGGUGACGGCGACAUCAGCAGUACAAUCCUGCAAACGCUUAUGGAGAGGGAUACUAAGCAGCUCGACGAGAGGUGGGCUCGAUAUAUGGCCCUCGGUCUGGCAUUGCUCUACGUCGGUCAUCAAGAUGCCACCGACGCUAUCAUCAGCGCUCUUCAGGCCAUUGAGCACGAAGGCAUCUCUAGCCAAGCGCAGGUUCUUGUCGACAUGUGUGCGUAUGCCGGCACGGGCAACGUGCUGAAGGUCCAGCAGUUCCUACAUCUCUGUGACGAGCACUAUAAUGCCUCCAAGAAAGACGAAGACAAGGACGAGAAGAAGGAAGAUGAGGAGAAAGAGGAGAAGCCGCAGAAAGACGACACCUUCCAGGCUCUUGCUGUCAUCGGUAUCUCACUCGUCGCCAUGGGCGAGGAGAUCGGCGCGGAGAUGACAUUGAGGCAGUUCAAUCACCUGAUGGCAUAUGGCGGCCCUGUCAUCCGUAAAGCCAUUCCACUAGCAUUGGGUCUCGUUAGCGCCUCAAACCCUCAACUCCCUAUCCUUGAUAUCCUUUCGAAAUAUAGCCACGACAACGACCUUGCCGUCGCACUCAACGCCAUCUUUGCCAUGGGCCUCGUCGGUGCCGGUACAAACAACGCACGGCUGGCACAGAUGCUCCGACAACUGGCUGGCUACUACUACAAAGAGCCAGACUGCCUGUUUAUGGUGCGGAUAGCGCAGGGACUGGUGAACAUGGGCAAAGGCACGAUUACAAUCAACCCUUUCUUCCACGACCGCCAGAUCAUGAGCAGGACCGCUAUCGCAAGCUUGUUGUCCGUUCUACUGGCGUUUACGGACGCCCGGGGAUUUAUCCUGGACAAGUACCACUGGAUGCUGUACUUCUUAACACCUGCGAUGUACCCCAGAUUCCUCAUCACGCUCAACGACCAGCUCGAAAACUUCCCUGUCACUGUCCGUGUAGGCCAGGCCGUGGACGUCGUUGGCCAGGCCGGCAAGCCAAGAACAAUCUCCGGCUUCCAGACGCAUUCGACACCAGUGCGUCUCGGUACGACAGAACGCGCAGAGCUCGCAACGGAGGAAUACAUUCCGUUCUCAAAUGUCUUGGAGAACUUCGUCAUCUUGCAGAAGAAUCCGGGCUACGAGCGGGACGAUAAGAUGGACAUAUAAUCAUUUAGACCCAGCAUGUGCGCUUUGUGUUGUAAUACCACUACGUUGGUCAUGAGCUUGUUUUCCCUUCAUUUUCUCCUUUAUGACCUUGUCGCGACUGAGAGAAGAGCGCAUCAGGUGGCAGGCUGCUGGUUCGAGAACUCUUCGAUGACGCUGAAAGGUUCGCGAUACUCCGCUAUCGGCGUAAAUUGGACGUCUUUCAGUCCGAACGCACUAGGACCUCCGCAAGCCAAGCCUUCUGGGGUCUUUGUCCACUUGGGAUUGCCUGCCAGCGCGAGAACAGUGACACGUAGACCGUAACGGUACUCUUGAGUGCCGAUAGAGGAUCCUGACUGCGAGUCGAGUAUGGUUAUUAGAUCUGGGACCGUGACGACUAUCUCAUCCGGACGCCCUGGACACUCUCGGAUGACAUAGAGAUUCUCGUUCUGGAACGGGAUCCGCAUACGGUCUUCAGGGCCCCAGGAGCGGGUGCUUCUGUCUACAACUCCGGUAUCCUCCUCUUCGUCCGCUUGAAGAGGCACGAUAGUGACAGAGCCCCACGUAAAUCCCUUCCGUACUUCUCGGUUAACGUUUAUGAUCUUCCCUACGAAGAGACAGGCCCCAUUUUGAAGUUCAAGUACGGCCUUCGGUAUAUGGCUAAUCUCGUUCCGCUUUCUGCACAGAGCGAUGGCGCGUCCAAUCCGCCAAGCUUGGGAGACGCUUGUGAUAACCCCGUACUCCUGGCACGUCUUUCUUGUCAAUGGCGCCAUGCUAACGCCACUCCUUGACCCCAUCUCAGUGGUGACUGUGCGAAGAAUCGUCUCGACGGCAUGCGGGUUGCUUGCUGAUGGUAGAAUCACAGUGUUACCGAUACCGUCAGAAAUAGCGCAGGGCCAGAGACCACCCUCAAUGUUGUAGGCUCCUGGUAGGCUACAUCGAAGCUGACAAACAUGCGUGCGUAACAUUAGGCUAUUUCUGCUCACCUUUGAUACAUCUGAAAUACAGUAUGCGAGUUUUAUUGAGGUGUAAUUGGUAGAGAACUCACGUUUGGAUAUGCUCUACCCAUGAGGUCAGCAUCUAACACCGACUUGCCCAUCUCUGCGGCCACAAUCAUAGGCUGUAUACCGUUACCACCACCGAUCUCGUCCGAGAUGGCACCUUCGAAGUCAGCCAUCCCCAAGUACUUCAUUAGAGCCCGAGCCGACGCGAGAAUUUCGGUUCCGCCCUGGAGUCUUUCUAUUGAGACGCUGGGCGAACCCAUGAACAUGCAUCGCAUAAAGAUGGCAUCUUCUUGGACGUCACCAGGGUCAACGACCUUAAUAACUUUUCCUUCCCGCAGCAUUUGACGGGCCACAAGGAAAGGUGGGUAAGGAGACCCGCCGCCUCCCGUACCAAGCACACCGCAUCCUUCGGCUAUCCACUCGAGAUCCAGUUCGCUCAACAGCCAUUCGCGGCCAUUGGUGAUAUGUGGGAUAUAGGCCUCAAUAUUCACUGAUCGUAUCACCCCUUCAUCUUCCAGACGCAACACCUGUUUGUCAAGCUCUUUGAUGUCCUCGAAGUCUGCAUAGUUUGUGUCGUCUUCAUUCACGGCGCCUCGCGAGACUUGCGAGGAUAAUUCUCCGGCGGCCUUGACCAUUAUCCUUGUUGCUUGGUUCGUGACGUACUAUGGCCAAGCUUCAGCAAAUUAGCCAUGCAACUUCUUAUCACUGACUUGAACAGGUAAAUUGGUGACUUCGAUGAUCUUAAUUGUUUCUAAGGAUGCUUCAUACCUAAU